AUGGGAAAGGCAAGCAAAUGGAUUAUAAACUUUCUGGUAGGAAAGCAGGAAAAAAAGAUUAACCAAACCGAUGUUUCGAUUUCAACUGAGCAUCCUUCUACUGCUACCAAGCCAGGGACACCAAAAGUGAAGCGAAGAUGGAGCUUUGGAAGGUUAGCAGGCAAAGAGGCAUGCCACAGGCCCUCCAAAUCUGUUGAUUCAAUUGACACCACUAUAUUGCCUUUGCCUUUGAAGGCUCAGCAGAAUCAUGCCUUGACAUUGGCUGUGGUACCGAGAGAUGUUGAGGAUGCUGCUGCCACAAGGAUUCAAGCUGCCUUCCGUUCUCAUUUGGCAAGGAAGGCUUUACACGCCUUGAAGGGUCUUGUUAAGUUACAAGCACUCAUAAGAGGUCACAUCGUGAGGAAACAAACAACUGCCACUAUAAUGCAGAUGCAUGCGUUGAUGGCAAUCCAGGUUAGAGCUCGGUUUAAGAGAAUUCAGAUGGCAGAGGAAGCACAGCAAGCUAAUAAAAAGCAAUUGACCAUUCAAAGAGGCCAUGGGGUGCAUAGGAAGACAAUGGACUUGAAUUCCAAUGAUGUUCAAAGAGUUUCGAAAAGCACAAGCGCCCACCUUAAUCAUUCACAAACUGGGAGGCUUGAGCAUGGCCACACAACAUUCUAUUCUGACCGUCUUUCCACCUCAAAGAGACAUCAAUACGAGGAGCCCUCCUUUCCAACAGCAAAUAGUCCCUGGAACUAUCCUGCAGCAUCUAAUCCAAAACCAACAAGACCCCCUUUCACUUUUCAACAGCAGGAUUAUGGAGACCCUGCGUGUUAUGACUACACAUUCAAGCCAAAUUACAUGACCAACACGAAAUCUUCGAAGGCAAAAGUAAGGUCACAGAGUGAACCAAAGCAACGGCCGGAAGGGAGCACAAAGCACAAAACCAAGCAUACAGAAUCAUGGGAUGCAACGGAUGGUCCUAUGGAGGAUCAAGUUCUG